CCUUUAACCCCGACUCCUCUCCCCAAUUCCUCUCGGUCUCCUCCACGCCUCCCCACUCCUUCCCUUCCUCUCCCCAUUUCCUGAAGAACGUGGACCGCUAUCCGGUGGUCAGGACGUCGGCGAAGGAGCUCCGAUCAUCCCUCUCCGGCGGGCUGAUCUCUCACCCGCCCAUCCGAUAUCAGUUGGCGAUCCGCCGCCUCUCAUCUCACCUCCGCGCUCCGAUCGCAUGCGUCAGCCAGCGGGUUGACGACCUGAUCACCUGACGUGAAGAAAUCAAGAAGAUGGGGUCGCACCGUCGCAAUCUCACAGACGUGAGUCAGGGGACGGCCGGACGGGAGUCGGGAGGGAGGCGAGGAGGUCGCGGGAUGCCGGGGAGGCGGGGACGCCGGAGAGGUAGAGGAGACGACCUCGCCGGCUCGCGGGCGCGGCGAAGACUUGCAGGCAGCCGGGAGGGAGGCGAGGAGGUCGCGGCCUCGCGGGAUGCUGGGGAGGCGGGGCGGGGAGGUGGAGGAGACGACCUCUCCGGCGAAGAGGAUUUUAAACUUUAAAGGCUUGGGCCGAUGUUGCAGACUUGUAGCAUGUAGAGCACUAAGAGCAGUAGAAGAGGAGCUCAGCUGCAAAAGAGUAUUGAGGAGGAGUGGAGCUGUGGAGGAGGAUGAUGAGGAUUUUAAAGAAAAGGAUGAUGGGCGAUGGCCGAUGGGAUUGGGAUGGGAGUCACCGGUCACGGGAUAGCAUCGCGGCGAGACACCCUCAGUAGCUCAGGCGUCUUGUCGUGGUAGCCGUUGGCUCCUGCGGCCCUGCCUCAGGCGUCUUGUAGAAGCUCUACGUACACUGUAGGCUGUAGCUAGGAGUGGGACUGUGGGUGUGGGAGCUGGGAGGCUAGGACUAGGAGUCGUGGUCUGCGGCGUCUGCCGGUCUGGCGGGGGCCUUCCGUCGAGCCGGGGCCUUGGGCGACCGCCUAGGUCGCCUAAGGCUUGGGCCGCCCCUGACUAGAUCAGUGUGCUAUAUAUUGUCUUGAGCUAGCAUGCAUUAGUAUGUUAACAUCCCAUUGCAUCUAUUGCACGGAUGAUAUAUUAAUGUUAUCCGUUAUGUAAGGAUGGACUGUGGUUACAAAUUUUUGGACUUAAUAGAAACUAUAGCAAUGUCCAUUGUGAUUGCUCUGCUAUAUGGCCCUUCUGUGCUGCCUAUUGUGCCCUUUCGUGCUAUAGCAGGUGCUUUUGGAUUACCCAUGAACUAGUGGUCAGUAAGGAGAUGGAGGCCAAGCUUUAUGACUAGUCUACUCUAUGAUAUGGAUGCUAGAUGCAUGAAAACGAUAUGGUUGAGGAUGGCUCCCCUCUUUAAGCUAUAUUCUGCAUUACAGCAGAGGUGUCUUCAAAGGAUGCUAAAUGUUGGGGUCAAAGAGCAAAUGGUGACAUUCCCCCACACAAUAGGACACAAUGUCAUGAAUGGAAUCAUUGGAUGCAACUUCAUUCAGUCCAGAUAGACCACAGCUGGAAGUAGUUGAUUCAUGUUGGUUCAGUAUUGUCAGUGCACUGCUGAAUGCAUCUGCCAUUAAUUUCAUAGGACUCUAUCGGGGCUUUUGAUGUAAUGUAGACAUGCUAGUGUUCUUGUAGAUAGUGCUUUAGCCUUCUGUGAGAAGAAACCAUACCAAACAGAACAUAGUUGCUGCUGUUGUUUUUGACCAAUGAUACGUAUAUGUUUUAGCAGGAUGAGAGUGACUUGGCACAUGCAGUGCUUGGUUCCUGGACCUUGGAGACAUGCCCAGGCAAAUGCUCUUGCCACCUCCAUAGGCACCAAUUUCUUCAGUAUGAGGGAUUUUACAUGGAUAAAAUUUCAAUAUAGGCUUUGUGAAUCAACUUACUCAAAUGCAUGAAGAAAUCUUUGCUUGUCUUUAGGAACUUUUCUUAAUUUGAAUCAAGUUCCAUUCUUCUUUGAAUCAAUUGAUCUUCGGAUUACAAAUGCAGACUUAAGUAUAAUGAUAGUAGGAAUUAAUUAGAAUUUAGAAGAAUGGGGGGUUAGAUGCAAAAACAAAGCUAACUUAGUGAUGUCAGUUGCUGAUGUGAAAACUAAUGCUAGCUGGACUACUGAUCGGUAAAGUUGCUGUGCCAUCUGGUGUCAACUCGAGUGCCUUUUUGCACAAAUAUUACACAAUUCAAAACUAGGUAAUCUAGCCUCUAAAAUGAAGUUCUCAGCAAUUUCUUAGUUGAAUGUUAUAACAAUUUGAGAUAGCUGCAUCUAAGAACUUUCACAAUAUUGUUGCCUGAUAAUCCUCAAUGCCUAGACUAUUAAUCUUUACGUAUUUGUUUUAGAUCCGGUACAUCUUUGAAGCUUGCUCAUAGAUAAGGUGAACAAGCUGGGGGAUUAUGUAGUUAUGUUUUACAGAAUGUGGCGACUUAAUUACUGUCAUUUGUGCAUUCAUUUUGUAACAUGACUUCCCUUUUAUUGUAAAACUAAAUGGCAACUGGUGUUUUUCACAAUUGAAGUGGGUAUUGCAACUUUUAGUAAAAUUCUAGGCUCCAGAUCUUCGUUGCCUAUGUACUAUUAUAAUUUAAAGAAUUAGUAGAAAAUCGUGACCCCUAAAGCAUUUCAGUUUAUGGGAUUUAUUGCUGAAAAGCAUGCCUUAACUUAUAGGCCAUUUCAGUACAAUCAUCUGUUGUUUUUUGCUGUUUAGUGAGUUAUAUACAUCUAGUGCUGUUUGACAUUAUCUUUUCACUUCCAUGUGUGAAUGCUUCUUUUUUAUUAUGCACUUGUGAUUUUAGUCAUUGGUGUAACUAAGUAGCUAAUUAUGUCUCAUAAUCUUAUUUUCCAGGGUAUUUUCGAUGAUGCUUUGUGGAGAAGCCAUGAUUUUGGAAGUUAUAAAUUGAUUCAGUUGAGUGUAAGUGGCUAGUUUUGUUAUAAGGAAAUUGCUGAUCCUGCCUUGCAUUCAACUUGGUUCAACAUCGUACCCUUCACCAACCUUUCGCAUCCCUCUGGAUCUAUUGUAUCUUUUUCUGCUUCUUUCCUGCUCGAUUAUUUUUUGGCAGUCCGGAAUGACCAAAGAUUGGUUGUGUGGUGAAGUUUUAAAGGCUGUCUUCCCUCUGCUUGAUGGUAGAGACCUGGCCUCUUGCAUGCUGGUAUGUCGUCAGUGGAGAGACAUUGCUAGGGAUGACUACUUUUGGAAGUGCAUUUGUGCCAAGAGAUGGCCUUCAAUCUGCAAAAGACCUCUUCCUGCCCUGAGCUACCACAAGGUUUUCCUAACCUUCUCCAGACACCAGCGGCCGCAGCCUCUUCUCCCGCCACGGUUAUCAUUCAAUGAUUUAGAGUUCUACAUCGAUCUUUGGUCUGAACAGGAGCUGAUAUUCUCUGAAGCUAUCUCAGGCUGUGUGUUCCGGACAGGGAUAAAGAACCCACCUCCUGGCAUUUCCGAUAUCCUCAAGGCACACCUGAAUGGCCCCGAUUGCAAGAUGGUAUUGCAAGUGGAGCCAAGGUUCACUAUUACUUUGGGAAGUAGGAUCAGUGUGUCAGCUCUUGUAGGUCGCAAGGACACCAAUCAGAUUGCAUGCAUUCUAAGAGAUUCUGUCUUUGAUUAUGUUGAUGGCUGCGGCUUUAGGGCACUUGCCUUUGCCUAUCUCAAUUUUUCACCGGCACAUCCAUUCAUAUCUGGAAUUAGAGCUUGGGUGUCCUUGCUGUUUAUGGCGAAUGGUAAUGACAAUGCCAUUGAUGUGUUUGGCAUUGAGAUAGACUUUUGCGAUGCUGCUAGCAAAGAGCACGAGGUAUUGUGGCUUCUAGACAUGCUUGAUUGGAAAUAACUGCUGCAUUUUGCUGGUGCCUGUAUGUAUAUAGAAGCAACCUUGUAAUUGACUGGUGUGUUAGGAAUCGAAGAUUCAUAUUUAUUAUUUUGUAAUCUUUGUUCAAAGGUUGUAUCGGCCAUUAAACUUUGAGGAUUAAUUUAUUUCUCUGAUGCAGAAAAUAUGCAGCAAGGAUGACCUGUUUAAUCAAUCUA